AUUUGGUCCACUUUUAUUUUGUAGCAGCCUAAUAAAACCAGGCGUCUUGCUCAGAUAUUGGAACAUUAAUGUCAUUAUCUGCUCAUCUAAUGUCGUCUUUUUGAUUCGGUUUAUGUAUAAAUGUUGGUAAACGGCAGAGCUGUGAUGCAGGACAAACUUCAGACUUGUUCUGAGAAUAAAAUAAUAUUGUAUAAUGAGCACCCAAGUGAUCAAACUAAAACCAAGAUGUUGAAACCCAAUAAAUGUAGAGAACAACACACCUUAGACAUAGUUAAAGUCUUCUCCCCCAUGCUGUUUACUGGCAUAAUAAAGAUGUUGCAUUAAUUAGCAUGAAUUAGAACUUGCAUGACUGUUGGAGCAACACUUGUAAUGAUAUGGAUGUAAGCUUUUCUUGUGCUAAAUAUACAGUUAAAUUACUUGUAUCCCUAGCAGAUUUGGGUUUAAAGAAAUCCUUUUAAUUUUCCCCACCUUCUUUCUGAUUGGAUGUAAUAUUGACUUUUGGAGUCUUGAAUCAGAAGUGAAUCUGUGUAAAGAUUAGGGUGAUUUUGAAUUGUCAAAAUAUCAGUGAUAACAUCUAAAAAGCUGGUUAGCACUUAUACAAGUGGUUUGUUUGCCAAUAAAUCUUUCUCCUCCGAUUAUUGAAAAGGAUAAAAAUUAUUUCUGUUUUGCCAUUUAGUUUUAAAAUCUUAAUAAAGGCAUUUACUUUAAUUCUCUCAGGGGUGUGAAUAGGUUUUGUUGUAACUGUAAUAGAGGAAAUUAGUGGGCUACUGUUGAAUAACUGAUUACAGUCAUAAAGAACCUUGAAAAAAGUUAAAAUUUAACAGAGAAACCCAGGGGUUGAGUUAAAUUAGGGCUUCUUAUUAACUGCUUCAAAUCCAACCAAUACAUUCGUUCUAUUUUUCUUGUGACCCACAUUUUAUAUUCACAGCCCAUGACUCAUGUCCUUUGAUAAAGAUGCAAUUUAGCAGGGAGCUUUUUUCAGCGGGGGCAGAGCUACGUACAGAUGUAAGCGUGUGCCUGAAAGAUAAAGACCCUCAGAAAAACGUUGGCUGGAUUAGGCUUCGGCUGCGAAACGGGGGGCGGGGAGGGAGAACGAGAAGCGCCGGAGACCGUUUUGUCGUUGGAAAGCGAGAGACGAAAGGUUUGCCGGAGAGAUGCAGGUUUAUUUGGUGUCACCCCGUUUAUAGCCGGGAGAUGAGAGGGAGGUGAAAGAGGGCAAAAUGCAGGAAAAGCAGGAUUCUCAGAGCCGAACCCCAGGCGGUCUGGGGAAGGCUCACCCCGCUCUGAAAGCCUUCAUGUGCGGCUCCCUCAGCGGCACCUGCUCCACGCUGCUCUUCCAGCCCCUGGAUCUGGUCAAAACACGGCUGCAGAUGCUGCAGAACAACGCCAAGCCAGGGACGCCCAAGGUGGGAAUGUUCCGGGUUUUCAUUCAGGUCAUCAGGACGGAGAAUUUCUUCAGUCUGUGGAAAGGAGUGUCACCGUCAUUUGUUCGCUGUAUUCCCGGAGUGGGGAUCUACUUCAGCACUUUCUACUCCCUGAAGCAGCACUUCUUCCAAGACAGGGCGCCGAACGCUGGCGAGGCCGUUCUGCUCGGAGCCGGUGCCAGAACCGUGGCGGGGGUCUGCAUGCUGCCGUUCACUGUCAUCAAGACGCGCUUUGAGAGCGGAUAUUACAACUAUGCGAGCGUGCCUGGAGCUCUGAGGAGCAUGUAUGAGACGGAGGGAGUCAGAGCUCUGUUCUCGGGGCUGACCGCCACGCUGCUGCGAGACGCUCCCUUCUCCGGCAUCUACGUCAUGUUUUACAGCCAGGCCAAGCGAGCGCUGCCGCAAGAAGUGACAUCGGCGCCGUACGCACCGCUGGUGAACUUCAGCUGUGGAGUGGUAGCAGGCGUCAUGGCUUCUGUGGUCACGCAGCCUGCGGAUGUGGUGAAGACUCACAUCCAAGUCAGCCCGUCCCACUGGAGGACAGCAGACGCUGUUCGCUACGUCUACACGGAGAAGGGCAUGUCGGGUUUUUUCCGCGGAGCAGUGCCGAGAUCUCUCCGGCGCACUCUGAUGGCCGCCAUGGCUUGGACUGUCUACGAGCAGCUCAUGGCUCACAUGGGCCUCAAGUCCUGAAGGGCGGUUGUGUAAACGCACAAUAACACGCGGGAGAGGAAACGUGACGGGUUAAUAACAUUUUACCGGAAAGCAUGAAGUAAAGGGAGACAGCAGGAACCAGCCAGCAGCGCCAGGAACAGAGCAACCGGGUGGAUAAAUGUUGAGAGAGAGAGAAUCGUGUUUAAAUGUUGUUUAAAUGUUAACAAUGUUUGUUUGUGACGAUGCACCUGGCCAACUCUCCCUCUGCUGUGAAGUAAAUUUAUCCCUCUUAAUGUUUCUGCUCAGACGUAGCAGUGGAUGAAUACCACUAAAAAAAAAAAUAAUAACUGGUUCGCGUGAAGCUUAGCGAGCUGAUAUGUGCUUUUACUACUACAGAAAGCUGCACUCUGGUUAAUGAGAUAUUUAUAAAAACCUGCAUAUGAUUGAGCAAUGUUUCUUACUUUGUUAAAUACUGCGGUUAUUUCACUUGUUUUAGACAAUCACAAGGAUUCCUGCAGAUUCAUUAAUCUAUGGGAAUUUAAGCCAACUCGAUAAUCACAUCAAAACCUUUGUCUUCAUAUGGUUGAAAGCAGCAAUUACAGCCCAUUUCUGACAAAAAGAAUCUAAUUUAUAUCUAAAGUAUUUCAAGGUUGGCUUAUUUUGUUGUAGCAAAGAAGGAUUUUGCAGUAUUAUGUGAGUUGUCGUUCGUUUCCGUGGUAACGUUCAUGAUGUCACAUCCAUCUAUGAAAUUAUGAAAUGUCUGAGCUGAUUGUCAUACAAACGGUCCAGAUUAAAUUGUGUGCGUUAAGCGUCUUAAUUUAACUGUUGUCUUUGUGAGCUUUGUAAGGUGUUAAAAAGAACAUUGUUAAAAAAAAAAAGAUUUUGAAACAAAAAUAGAAACAUUUAGAAAAUAAAAAAUAAGGUCUUUAAUUUUGGUUCAUUUCUAAAUUGCUAUUGCUUUGCAGAUAUAAAAUAAUCUCCCUGUUGUCUUUUACUUUCAAGGCUUGAAAAGUGUUAACUCUCCUGUUGGCCAGCAGGUGGCAGCAGUAGUGAAAGGAAACGAAUCAAAUUUUCAUCAGUUUAAACACUUCCUUAAACUGCACCAUAAAAACUGCUUAAUUACUUUUUUAAGGUUAACAUUUCAAGUGAAACAUUGCUUCAUCAUUAUGCAGAGAUAAAGUUUGCACAGAGUCCAUAUCAGUGGUGGAUUUUAUUUAGUUUCACACUGAUUACAGCUGCUCAGAAAUAAUUUACAAAAGCACAAAUUAUGAUCUUUCUAGAGAAGAUUUAUUUCCAUGUUUCUUUUUAUUCAUUUUUGUGUUCAUAUGUAAAUAUAUAAAAAAAAACAGAAGCUAUAUUAGAAGUCUUUCCAACAUUGGGAAUUUAAAUUAAAAAGAUCAAACUGAUAAAUCUGUUUUUAAGGUGAAGGCCUGAGUGUUUGCCGUUUAACAUGUGUAACUCGCUGUGCCAAGUUUAAGUUGGAUCUGUUUUGUUGCUAUCCGAUUGUCCUCAUCAUCCAUGUUCACACUCCAUAUAUAGUGCCUCACUUUUCUUUUCUUAGGUCAAAAUCUCAACUCUUCCUAAAGUUAUUUUACAUUUCUGUCAAUAAAAUUCAGAAAUCA